UUCUUUGACGUCGCCGAGGUCGACGCUGGUGCAAACCGGCAACAUGGCGGCGGUUGGAGCCGGCCGUCUGAGGAGGGCGGUUUCCGCGCUGCUGCUCCGGAGCCCGCGCCUGCCCGCCCGGGAGCUGUCAGCCCCAGCUCGGCUCUAUCACAAGAAGGUUGUGGACCAUUACGAGAAUCCUAGGAAUGUGGGGUCCCUUGACAAAACGUCUAAAAAUGUCGGAACAGGAUUGGUGGGUGCUCCUGCAUGUGGUGACGUCAUGAAAUUGCAGAUUCAGGUGGAUGAAAAGGGGAAGAUUGUGGACGCCAGAUUUAAAACAUUUGGUUGCGGCUCCGCCAUCGCCUCCAGCUCCCUAGCCACGGAGUGGGUAAAGGGGAAGACGGUGGAGGAAGCCUCGACCAUCAAAAACACAGACAUCGCCAAGGAGCUCUGCCUUCCCCCCGUGAAACUGCACUGCUCCAUGCUGGCGCAAGAUGCCAUCAAGGCCGCCCUAGCUGAUUACAAAAUGAAACAAGAAUCUAAGAAGGAAGAGCCAGAGAAGCAGUGAGCCCUGGAGAAGCCCCAGCUGGUCACAGCAGCUGCUUCCCACCGGCUACUUCCCACCACCCUUGCACCACGCCAGAGAAGCUACGAGAAACAGGCACUCUGCAUCAUCUGCAUUGUGGUUCUAAUGCAGGCAAAUACACUGUUGAUUACGCCUAAUCCUGCGCUCCUUUCAGCUCACUUGCGUCCUUAGUGCAGUUAACGUGUCUGUUCUGAUUUAUGUUAUGGCCGGGGAACUGAAAUCAGCACUGAAGUCGUAAGCUUUGGCAGCCUCCGGAGAGUGACAGCAAAUUUUCCCUAACCCUGUGUGGGGAGAUGCCAGCAGAAUGCCUUGUUCUAGUUAUUUGAUAGAGUUUAUUACUGUAUGUUUAACAGAUCUGCAUAUAUAUAUUAUAAUAAAAGAAUAUAAGAUGA